GGGACUUUCUGGACACCACAUGCGCAACAGGUCGAAAUGCACAAGAAGUGCAUGAUGAGAGUGAGUGACAAUAGGGCGUGCAGUAGCUCAGACAGAAGAAAGAGUUUAAGUGGGUCAUGAGGGACAAAUUCUUACUUGAUUUAUGCAACUCGUCGGAAAGGAUGUAUCGCAGUAAAGUUUAUCCUGACUUGGAAAGCACGCCGUUGCAAGUUUUGUGCCUACGCAUGCCACGGCACAGAAGACAAUUUGAAGAACGUAAAACAACAGAAAAUGUGAACGACUCAGCGUUUCACACCUCGGAUGUGGGACUUUAAUUUCAAUUUCGCCAAAGUAGUGUCGAAAGUUUCCUGCUCUCUGGAACGGAGCAGGGUUCUGGGCUACUUUAUUGUAACUAAAGGCAACGUAAAAUGGUCUUGUCACCGAAGCCGAGUGGACAUAAUCUGAGAGAAGCGUGUAUUUAAAAAGAAUCUCAGUCCACCAUGAGAGCGCUGAAUCUACUGUACCUAAUAGUCGGGCUGUGGGAGUCGAGCCUGGGCAACAGAAACUGUCCGGACCUGAUCGUUGACAGCUGUCAUUGCUCCGCUGAGAGGUCCAAGGAGCUGAGCAGGCAGCGCAUCCGAGUCAAAGUGGUGUGUGAUGAUGUGGACUUGAUGGACACUCUGCAGCCCAGCUUCUUACCUAACAAAACCGUUUCUCUAAACCUGAGUAACAACAAGAUCUCUCUGCUAAGGAAUGGCUCCUUCUAUGGCUUGGCUGCCCUGGAAAAACUGGACCUAAAGAAUAACUUGAUAAGUACAGUGGAGCCUGGAGCCUUUCGUGGUCUGCUGGCCCUGAGGAGACUGGACCUGUCCAACAACAGGAUUGGCUGUCUCUCCCCUGACAUGUUUCUUGAUCUGGGCAACCUCUCAAAAUUGAAUUUAUCUGGGAACAUCUUCUCCACUUUGACCGUGGGACUCUUUACUCACCUCAUGGCUCUCAGAGUACUGCACUUCCACACUGAGACUUUAUUCUGUGACUGUCAGCUGAAGUGGCUGCUCCUUUGGGCACGAAGCAACUUAGUGAGGAUUGGCAAUGACACGGUGUGUGUGUUCCCCACCCACCUCCACGGCCUGGAGUUUCGCAACCUACAUGAACAGCAGCUCAGAUGUGAUGGACCUCCAGAGAUGCCCCUCUUCCAGCUCAUCCCUUCCCAGAGACAACUGGUUUUCCGUGGAGACCGGCUCCCCUUGCAGUGUACUGCCUCCUACGUGGACGCGUCGGUUGAGCUGUGGUGGCGUCACAACAGCCAGGUAGUGACCACGCAGGAGGACCAGGGUGUCUACGUGGAGGAAACCCUGCUUCAUGACUGCUGCCUGCUGACCAGUGAGAUCAUCCUCUCCAACAUUGACGUGGGCAUCGCUGGCAUCUGGGAGUGCCUGGUGACCAGUUCCCGUGGCAACACUUCUCAGCAAAUGGAGAUAGUUGUUGUGGAGACGUUGGCAUUGUACUGCCCCGCUGACAGAGUCACCAACAACAAGGGGGACUUCAGGUGGCCAAAGACUCUAGCUGGCAUCCUGGCCUUUUUGCCCUGUGCUCCUGCCACCUUUGGUUCUGCCCCCCACCCCUCUGGCAGAGCACCUCAGCCCUCCAAUCAGAGGGAGAAGAAGGCAUGGCGGCGCUGUGACCGAACUGGAAGGUGGGCUGAAGAGGACUACACUCAGUGCCCAUAUGUCAGUGAACUAACCCGCGUGCUGCAUAGGCUCACCCAGAUAACUAUUAAUACCACCAAUGCGCAGCCUUUAGGCCAGCAGUUAGUGGCCUUCACCAGCAGGGCGUCACACUUCACUGAUGUCAUGGAUGUCAUCUUUGUCACACAUCUGGUGGAGAGACUGACAAAGCUGGUGGAGAAACGCAGAGAUUUGGGGGACUACAUAUCUGACAUAGCCAGUAACAUAAUGCUAGUGGAGGAGCACAUCCUGUGGAUGGCUCAGAAUGAGGCCAGGGCGUGCACUCGCAUCGUCCAGUGUGUGGAGCAUAUUGCUGACCUGGCGCUGACUGGAGACAAUCAGGUCAUUUCUAAGGUAUCUGCUAACAUAGCUCUGGAGGCUUUUCUGAUCCGGCCAUCAAACUUUCUCAGUCUGUCCUGCACAGCACUCCAAUGGCCCCUCUCAUCUGCCAACUCACCCCUCCCUGACAGCCAGUCCCAUGCUGACAAGGACAUGAGCAGGGAGCGUGAUGUUGUGGGGGAGUCAUUGCUCAACUUCAAAUGCCACACCGUUAACAGCAGUGGCUCACCAAUCAGUCAGCUCAGCAAGAACUCCGUGGCAGUCGCCUCAAUCCAUUUACCGCUGGCUGGUACGCCUGUCUCCUCCUCUGUGUUGCAAUCUGUUGAUAACUCCACUUGCAAGCUGCAGUUUAUUGUGUUUCGCAAUGGGAAACUCUUUCCAUGCACGGGGAAUUCGUCAAAUCUUGCAGAUGAUGGGAAGCGUAGGAGCGUUUCAACACCAGUUGCUUUCACCAAAUUAGAUGGGUGCAGCCUCGGGAGCGCCGUGCACUCUGUAACUAUUGCGCUCAGGCACUUCGCACUGGGUGUAGACCCCACCGCAGCCUAUUGGGAUUUUGACCUGCUAGAUGGACACGGUGGCUGGAGGGCAGAGGGCUGCCACAUAACAGGCUCCGGGGGCAACACGACCACUAUUCAUUGCACCCAUCAUAAUAACUUUGCUGUGCUAAUGGAUCUGAAGAAGGUGCUGUCUUUCCCCCCAUACCCUGGGGAGUUUUUGCACCCGGUCGUGUAUGCCUGUACAGCAGUCAUGUUGCUCUGCCUCUUCGCCUCCAUCAUCACGUACAUAGUGCACCACAGUGCAAUCCGCAUCAGUCGGAAGGGAUGGCAUAUGCUUCUCAACUUCUGUUUCCACACAGCUCUGACCUUCGCUGUGUUUGCCGGCGGCAUCAAUCGAAUCAAAUACCCCAUCAUCUGUCAAGCAGUUGGGGUCGUGCUGCACUACUCAUCUCUGUCAACCAUGCUGUGGCUCGGUGUGACGGCAAGGAAUAUCUAUAAACAGGUGACCAAGAAGCCUCUGCAGAGUCAAGAUGGUAACCCGCCUCCAUCCCUUAAACAGCCCCUGUUGAGAUUUUAUUUAGUAGGUGGUGGAGUGCCCCUCAUCAUCUGCGGGGUCACGGCAGCCGUCAAUGUAGACAACUAUGGCAGCGGGGAGCAAGCACCGUACUGCUGGAUGGCUUGGGAGUCCAGCCUGGGAGCCUUCUUUGGCCCUGUGGCCUUCAUUACCCUGGUGACUUGCAUCUAUUUCUUCUGUACCUUCAUCCAGCUACGGCGACACCCUGAAAAGAAGUACGAGCUCAAGCAGCUGACAGAGGAGCAGCAGAGGCUGGCAUCCAUUGAGGCACCAACCCACUGCCACCAGGGAGCUGAGCCUGGAGCCCUGACAACUCCACCCACUGGGAGCCACUGCCCCGCUGGCUGCCCAGGUGUUCCCAUUAAUCCUGCACUGCUGGCCAAUGAGCAUUCUUUCAAGGCUCAGCUACGAACGGCGGCCUUCACCCUUUUCCUUUUCCUGGCCACAUGGACUUUCGGGGCACUGGCUGUGUCACAGGGCCACUUCCUGGACAUGAUCUUCAGCUGCCUUUAUGGUGCCUUCUCUGUCACUCUUGGCCUCUUCAUCCUCAUUCAUCACUGUGCUAAGCGUGACGAUGUCUGGCAUUGUUGGUGUUCCUGUUGUCCCGGAAGAAACACCGAUGCCUGUUCUGGCACCCAUGGGGCUGCUCAAGUGCGACCCAAGGUCAGUGUAAAUGGAGAUACCCCCGGGCAUGACCAUGGUCAUAGCCACUGCCACCAUGACUCACCAUGUCAGGGUAAAGCACUGAUGAGCUGCAGUCAUGGCAGCUUAAGUCAUUAUAAACACACUGCCCUUCCAUCUUCACAAAAUCAUGUGACAUGUCUGGCACCGGUGACACCAUGCUGCGCCACUCUGCAUAGCCAGCAGCUCAUGGAAGAGGAGCCUGCCGCUACUCAUGUGCUGCUACAUGCUGACCCAGAGGGUUACCGGCCAGGCAUCCAGUUGCACCCCUGCCUAAAGAGCAGCAGGACUAAAGGCCGUAAUAUCAGCCGCCGGGCUACAGCCAGUGCUUGCAGAGCAGGAAGUGAGAGGGAGUACGCCUAUCACAUCCCCUCCAGUGUGGAUGAAGGAAGCGUGCACAGUUCACACACUGACAGUCCCCGCAGCACACAUGAACGUCACACCCACAUCAACCCACAUCUGGCACACGAAGGCCACCAUGAUGGGCAUCAUGCAUGCCACACUGCUGCAGCCACCACACAUGAGACCCUGGUGUGCCAUAAUCCCUGCCACAGGCAUAUCUGCUGUGCCAAGGCAGACCUUUUUCCUUCUCUGUGCCCAGCAGAGGCAGGAGACAAGGGCGUCCUCCUUUGUGGCUGUGGCAAAGUGACUGAGGAGGACCCGAUGGCAACACAUCACCAUUUGGAGAUGCAUGCCCCGCGUAGACAAUCCUACCCCCAGAACCCGCCCAAUCAGAAUGGGAUUCUAAAGGGGGCCCUGCAUGAAGGACUCCUGUACACUUCAGACAGCACAGGGAAUAUACGCACUGGACCCUGGAAGAAUGAAACUACUGUGUAAUAUGGGGAGGAAAAACAGGCCUCUUCCUGCCAAAAUAAAGAAAAGAAAAGAAAAUCGCCUCUCUUUCUAGAAUAAAAAAAAAACAAAUUGAAUAUAAUUUUAAACUUCACAAUCAGUGUGAGAUAUUUUUAUUUUGAUGUCCUUAUGUUUUAAUGUGUGCCGUUUUACUGUACAGAAAUCUGAGAUCAUGUAAAUGCUCCCUGAAAGCAAUCCAUAGCCAGAGCAGUCUCCUCUAUCAGAUGAAUUAGUGAAAUGUGCCACAUCAUUCAGUCCAAUGUAACUGAAGGUAUUGCCACUCUUCCAUAAAUGAAUGGUUAUAUGUGUGUGAAUUUGUUUGUUGCUCAAAGGCAACAUGCUGCAGGAUUUUUUUUUACACUUUGAAUCUGUAUCCAUCAAAUAAUCUUCAAUGACAGUGAAGCUCUUGUACUUUAAAAAACACUUGGCAUCCAUGUUUUCAACAACUAAACCAGCAAUUUUAGACUUCAUGGGUAUUUUUGUCAUUCAGUUAAGCAACUGUGAAUACCUACUAGAGAUUUUCUAAGUAAUAUACAAAGAUACUGUUGCUUGCCAGAGCUGUGUAGAAGUUGUGAAAAUUCAAAGCAUCCGAAAAAAGAAGUGAAGUCAAGCAUUUUUUUUCCAGAUUGUAUUGAUCAUGCUGUCUAUAUAAUGUCUUCAGUCUAGUUUCUUUUUCUGGAGAGAAGUACAGUAAAUGAUGGUGCAUCAACAGCGACAGCAUGGCCAUUGUAGUAGAGAGUUGGUGACACUGAGUCAGUGGGUCCAGUGGGAGUUUAAGUAACACUAUACCACAUAGAGCCACACAGGUCUUCACAGCGAAUUCAUUCCCAAACUACUGUUAAGGUUUUUAUUCUCAUCAGCACUGCUCGCACUUGCAACACGUCACAUUAUAAAAUCAGUAUUCACUGCUUUGUAAACCAAACAUGCAAACAUUUCAGGAAGAAGUGUGAAUGUGAUAGUAAAAGAAACAACAAGCUGCUAAAAACAUCACUUUGGGAAACUUGCCUGUCAGCAGUGCUUUAUUUUUUUCCACUUUCCCUAAAAACUAAUCAAACAUUUCAGCCACACUCACCUGCUGUUGGCUAAAGCCACAAAAUGACACAUGGCAAAACAUCAGUGCAAAAGCAGUCCCUUUAUAUUUUACUUAUUUUGUCUCUUAAAAGCCCCAAAGCGUGCAUGCCUUGUUGUAUGUGGCAGUGUGCUAUAUUUUAACACUGUAAAUGAAUCCCCAUCCAUUAACAUAUUUGCCUCAACCUGAUACAACCACUGCAGCACCAUGUAUCAUUUUUGUCACACUCUUGGAUUAAACAAAUAGUGUGUUAUUAUAUAUUAUUAUACUGUUUAUUGUAUUAUUUUCCACUGGUAGUCUCCAUUUAGCAAGACUUUGAGCUUAGGUUUAUCCAAGAAUCUAGUUCAGAAAAUGUAAUGCUCCUGGUUCUGGAUCAUUUUUGCCAUGAAGGUCGCAUUCUCUUUGAAAAAUCUCCACUCAGAAAGGGAAGGAAAAAGAGGCUCUGUAUUGGGUUAAACACAAUGAUGAUAUUGAGUAUGAUACUGACAAAACCACUUGUACUUUUUGUCAGAAAAGCUGAACUUUAAAAAGAAUUUCACAGCCAAGCAUCACAUAUAAUCUCACAGCAGGCACUGCUUUUUAUCCAUCUUGUGCAUUCUUGUCUAUGUAUAUAAAAUUGGUUUCUGAUGAAUUAUUUUAUAUGAGAUUUAAGAUAUUUAAGAAUAAAAUGAAUCUAUAUGUAAACAAAGUUGUAUAGGGAAAACAAUGACCUUUCACUUUUAAUACUCAGUAUCUGAGUUUAGAAAUGUCCUUUUUUUUUUUCAAAUGCCAUUUUUUGUCGCAAUUUUAGUUGACUUCAUAAAGUAUGCAGACUUGACAUGUGUUGUGAGACUUAACCUGUCAUAUCAGAAGUAGAAAUGCACUACCCAUAAUAAUAAUUGGCCUGUCAGAAUAGAAUUUGUCACAACCGGUGGGUUUAUUAUAGAAAUGCUUAUUCAAGUGGGAAAGUGACUGACAGAGAAUAAAAUAAAUUAUUGUGAUACUCACUGUAUUUGGAUGGCAGGCUUUGAAUCAUGAAAGGAGGCCCUGGUAGACAUCAGAGAUAAUGUAUGAACCCCAUACUGUACCUUUGCACAGGGUUACUGGAGUUAUUUCCGAUGCCUGGGACAAAAUGGGAUAUUGUGGGCCCGACUUGUGAGUCCACAACUGAUUACACAAUAUGGGAUCCUUGGAGCCACCUUAGAUGCUGACAGUUAGUGGCUCUGGCUUCAUAGUUAUUGGAAAGGGAUUUGUAACAGUAUCACAACAAAACUCUUGCAAACAUCACAUUAAAGUGAGAUAACCAUUGGUCUAGGUUAAAUGCUGUACAGUGUGUGAGUCUGCUGAUAGUGUGUCUUAGCUGCAGCCUGAGCUUUUCACUGUCUUUGAGACUAAUUGUUUGGUAUCAUAGGUCACCCUAGGCCACCUUCUCUUUUGUCAUCAGUAGCAGUUAUACUGCCCAGAAUGAUGGCUACUGGAAUAUUAACCUGUGGUACUGUGACAAAACCUAAAGCCAGUUUUCACUGUUUUCUACAUUGACACAGAUUCCAAUAAAUGUAUUUUUUCACCAUG